CCGAUUCAUUGCCCCUUCUUCCCCUCCCUCUCUGUCCCUCUCAUCGUGCCCCUCCCUUCCCAAAGUUCAUUCGAACUUGGCAGCACCCACCACCGCUCUUGGCGGCUCCACUCCACACUCCAUUGUCCCUUGGUGGCUUUCUCAUUGAUGAGCACGUAAAUAUCAAAUUCUCUUGCUCCACCUUCCCCUCUUCUCGCCCUCUCCCUUUUGAUUGCUCUGUUUGAUGGUUUGCUGUAACGAGUAUCAUUCGGUGACAAAACAAACCAAUAUAAACGAGUCGAAUAAUCAUUCAAAAUCUUUAAAUUUGGGAAGGAAUAAUCCUGAGGAACUACCAUCUUGUCCGCUGAAAUUCAUACCCAUUUGUCUCUGUUAUCUGUGUUCAAAUGGAAAGCCAUAAUAGCAGUAUUGAAUGCCGGUGGAGAGCUGAAGAAGUCAUUGGUGGGAACGCGAAAGCUCUUCAAGCUCUCAGGGAACUCAUCAUAUUCCCGCUUCUCUACUCUCACCAAGCUAAGAAGCUCGGUGUCAAAUGGCCGCAAGGUUUGCUUCUGUAUGGUCCUCCAGGCACUGGAAAGACAAGUCUAGUACGGGCAGUUGUUCAGGAAUGUGGAGCACAUUUGACAGUUAUCAGUCCUCAUUCUGUCCAUAAAGCACAUGCUGGGGAAAGUGAGAGAAUUCUUCGCGAGGCCUUUUCAGAGGCAUCAUCUCAUUCAAAUUGUGGCAAGCCAUCGGUUAUCUUUAUAGAUGAAAUAGAUGUACUCUGUCCUCACCGUAAUUCCAGAAGGGAGCAAGAUGUUCGAAUUGCUUCCCAACUCUUUACAUUGAUGGAUUCGAAUAAGCCAUCCUCAGCUAUGCCAAGAGUUGUUGUGGUUGCAUCAACUAACAGAGUGAAUGCAAUUGACCCUGCCCUUAGAAGGUAUGGACGUUUUGAUGCCGAAAUUGAAGUUACUGCCCCAAAUGAAGAGGAGCGCUUUCAAAUUCUCAAGCUUUAUACAAAGAAGAUUCCCUUGGAUCCUGGUGUUGACUUAAAAAUGAUUGCUGCAUCUUGCAAUGGAUAUGUUGGGGCUGAUUUGGAGGCUUUGUGCCGUGAGGCUACUAUAUUAGCAGCUAAAAGGUUCAAAAGUGAAAAUGAAAAUGCUAGUAAUUUAAACAUAAUGAUGGAAGAUUGGAACAAUGCCAGAGCUAUGGUUGGUCCCAGCAUUACAAGAGGUGUUACAGUGGAAAUUCCUAAAGUGACUUGGGAGGAUAUUGGGGGAUUAAAAGAAUUGAAGAAAAAGCUCCAGCAAGCUGUUGAAUGGCCUAUCAAGCAUUCAGAAGCAUUUUCAAGAUUAGGCAUUUCUCCUGUACGUGGGAUUCUUUUGCAUGGGCCUCCAGGAUGUUCCAAAACAACGCUUGCAAAAGCUGUUGCAAAUGCUGCCCAAGCUUCUUUCUUUUCCUUGAGUGGUGCAGAAAUGUAUUCGAUGUAUGUUGGAGAGGGGGAAGCAUUGCUCCGUAACACAUUUCAGAGAGCACGCCUGGCAGCACCAAGCAUAAUAUUUUUCGAUGAGGCUGAUGUGGUAGCUGCCAAGCGGGGUGAUUUUUCAAGCAAUAGCAGUACAGUUGGAGAAAGGCUUUUGUCGACUCUUCUGACUGAGAUGGAUGGUUUAGAGGAAGCUACUGGAAUUCUUGUUUUGGCGGCUACGAAUCGCCCUUAUGCAAUAGAUGCUGCCCUUAUGCGCCCUGGACGUUUUGAUCUGGUGCUGUAUGUUCCCCCACCUGAUUCAGAAGCUCGAUAUGAAAUACUGUGUGUCCAUACACGUGGCAUGAAACUAGGGAGUGAUGUCAAUCUCAGAAGACUAGCAGAUGAUACCGAGUUUUUCACAGGCGCUGAACUUGAGGGUUUAUGCAAGGAAGCUGGAAUUGUUGCUCUGAGAGAAAAUAUCUCUGCUACUGCCGUGUGUGAUCGCCAUUUCCAGGUGGUGAGGAAUUCUGUAAAUCCAGCAUUAACAAAAGAAGAAAUUGAUUCUUACUCAUCUUUCAUGAAGACCUCAUCAUCAGCAUUUUCUAGGCAUUUCAAAUCAAGUUCAAAACUUGAUAAUAAGAGAAGUAAUAUCUUAGGUUCCAUGGCUAAACUAGGUAUUGUCGGCUGUCUGCUACUUGCUGCUACUAAAUACUUUUUCAUGCAUGAAGAACAAUCUGUAUAUGAAGUAGCUAUCACCUGAAGAAUCUUGUCCCAUUUUGUCUCUAGUCUUAACAUUGACUCGGUUUAACAAGACAACAUUGAUUUGUGCAGUUGUCUCUUGGUUUUUCUUAAAAAUUAGAUAUGGGCUCUGCUUUCUGCAGAUUUAUCUGAUGCACA